AUGAGGAGGAGACGUCCGAGGGAGGAUCUGCGCUUACAGCAGGACCGCGCCGGGCGCCAGGAGCGGAGAGCCAAUGAGUUACAGCGAAUCCUGGACAGCGUCAGAGCCAAAGUCCGCAAUCUGGAAGACGAUUUCAUCGCUAAAAUGCGUCAGCAGCAGACGGAAAUGACGAGUUUAUUACAGGAGAAGAAGGUGGUGCAUGACCGGUGCCAGAAACACAAGGAGAAGCUGCGUGAGCAGGAGGAGAACAUCACGCGGCUGCGGAAACGUCUCUCCCAGGCAGUCAGUGCAGAGGAGCAGCGGGCGGCCAAUCAGAAGAAAGCUUUCCUGCGCCUGAUGAACCGGGAGCCGCGAGAGAACAACAUACUGGACCAGCAGGUUCUGGAUGUGAUUGAUGGCUAUGAGAGGCGAGUGAACCAACUACAGACUGAACUGAGGAGUUCCGAGUCCGUUGAUGUUCCGGUUCUGGAGAGGAAAUCCUCCGAUGAAUCUCUGGAUUUGGAUACAACUCCCAAUUAUAAAGCUCUAAUAAAGUCGUUUCGGGAGCAGAUUGAGGAUUCGAGGAAGAAGAAGGAAGAUUUGGUGAGAGAAAAUGAUCAGAUGAGACGGGAGAUGGAGAGCAGACCUUCCGCCAAAGAAUUCCGACUCUACAAGCAGCAGACGAGGAAAAUGGAGAAGAUUCUCCUCCAGAAUAACAUCCGGGUGCGGGGGAAGGAGAAGAGAGAUGAGAGCGGUGCGGAGGAAGAAUAUACGGAUCUUCUGCCGGCUGCUGAGUGUCGGCUCCAUCUUCAGAACGUGUGCCGAGAGCUGAAUGUUCUGGAUCUGAAGGACCUUGUACCCGCGGCUGCAUCUAACCUGCGACAGGCGCAGACCUGCACAAAGCUGCACCAGAUCCUUUCUGACAUCAGUUCGGUGGUCAGUGGCCCCCGGGCCCCUCAGCUGCUCUAUAAACACAACCCUCGAGGAGGGGACACCUCGGACGGAGGAGACUUCAUCCACCUUGUGCCAACCGUGGAGCUGUGGGCAGGACAGCUGCUGUCCCUGAAGGCCUUGCACCGAGCCCUGAGGAAGCUGAGCGACAAUCUCCUGGCUGACCCGAUGCUGAACCAACCGCAAGACUCGUCUGAUGGCGUCCACGUGGAGGAACUUCUGCUGCUUGUGGACACCAUGCUGGAGGAGGUGGAGAGCCGGAAAGAGGUGACGAGGAACCCCUCCACGCACACGCUGCGCGCUCUGGUCUCACAUUUCCAGAAACUGUUUGACGUUCGGUCCCUGAGCGGCGUCUAUCCGCGCAUGAGCGAAGUGUACAGCCGGCUGGGCGAGGUGACCAACGCCAUGAAGAACCUGCGCAGCAUCCUGGGAUUAGGGGAUGCGGCCGGUGUGGGGACCGUGGUGAACACAGUGUGGGCGAUGUGUAGAGAUGCAGAAGAAGAGAACGGCCAGAAGCUGCGGGAGGUCCUCGGCCCCCUGGACCUAGACAGCCUCAUUAAUAAGAUCCGGGAACAGGAGGAGUUCUUCCCGGCCUUCCAGGGUCUGGUGACGCGGCUGCUCGAUGUAUUAG